AUGCUACGUGAUCGCGAGCUACCCUGUCUACCAGGGUACAAUUUCGAUAAAAACCUUGGUCGAACAAGAUUUCAUAGGGAUCAAUAUUUCGGUAAGAUACACGACGGAGUUUAUUAUUUAUUGGACAAGGCGGAUAAAGGCGAUCAUGUUAGCUAUCCGUCCAUUUAUCCUCGCGGAGAAGCACAAGAAUUACCGCCCUGGAUCGCUUACAAUGGCCAAAGAUUGAUGUUCAAGGCCUUUUUUCAAGAAACCGUUCAAGAGAGAUGGAAAACAGCUUAUCAAAUUCGGGUAGUAAAUAUUAGUUUCUUCCUGGAGGACGGCACAAUGAAAAUAUCUGAACCUUCUACGGAAAAUAGUGGUCUUGAACAAGGCGUUUUACUGAGGCGACAGAGAAUCUCAAUGCCGGAUCCAGUUAGCUACAGAUAUUACGAUAUAAUUGAUUUAAAUAUCGGCAAAGAACCGGAAAUAUUUGGUAGGGUGUACAAGAUCGUCGAUUGCGAUAAAUUUACUAGACGAUUUCUAAAUCGCAUGGGUAUCUUGGUUCCGGAUCCGAUCGAAGUACCAAAAGAUCCUUACACGGAAUUACGAAGAUUUGAAACGUUUCCGAAAAAACCCAAUCGGAGGGUCGACACUCGUGGCGAUUUUAUCAAGUAUGAUAAACAAGUAUUACGGUUCUACGGCUAUUGGGACGACACGGAUAAUCUUUAUGGCGUCGUUCACGAUUUGGAAAUUCAUUACUAUCUUGCGGAUAACACGAUGGAGAUAAAAGAGAAUGUACCCCCGAAUUCCGGACGAGAUUCUGGUUUUAUGUUUUUGCAACGAAUGAAGGUUCCAAAAUUCUUUUCCGAGUUGGAACCGAUCGGCGCCCAGGAUUUUUCUACCAUUCUAAACACCAUGGAAGACGACACAGCCCAUGGUUACUACUUGAUAGAUCCUUUGAACACUGGGAAAGUUUGUAGAGACAUUUAUAAAGACAACGAGCUUAAUAUCGGUGCUCGAAUAAAUAUUUUUGGAAGGAAGAUUGUUAUAACGGAUAUGGAUGCUUUUACGAAGGAAUAUUAUAGGGUGAAGUAUGGCAUGGACGAUUUCACGGCUCUGGAGAAACCAAAGAAAAGCGACGAAAAUUGUACGAAAGUGGAGAAAUAUAUUCCACCGUACAACGGAUUUGGUUCCUACGAUGAUUCCCUCGGGAAUUGCUUCAGCGUGAUGCCAAAGCCGCCCAAAAUUGACAUUAUUAAAUUUUUGAAUUACGAUAAGCAAGGUUUUGACAGUUAUGUUCUGAGAUUCAGAGCCAAGAUGAUAUCGAACGUUCCGGAAAACAGAGACAGAUUGUUUAUUAUAAGAGUUUUUCUCAUGGACGACGCGAUAUCUAUUUUCGAAUUGGGAAUAAGAAAUUCAGGUUUCAGGCGAUGUCUGUUCCAGAAAAAAAUGCCAGUGAUGUUGCCUUAUCAAGAGAUAUUUACGAACAAGAAACCGAAUUAUUACAAACCGAAUGAUUUCUAUAUUGGAGCUCGCGUUAACUUGAAUCAUUUUAUUUUUCAACUCAUUUCCGCCGACGUUUACGCUCUUCGUCACAUGGAGCUACAUUGCGACAAGUUCCCGCAAGCUAACAUCAAAUUAAUAAUGGGAAAAUUACGUGAAAUUUUGAGACCAGUUUAUAAGGAAUUUAUACAGUACUAUACGUCCGUAACAUUGGUCGACGAGGAUUUAAAAAUAUUGCCGUACGAGAAACUCAGAGAAAUGAUAUGCAAGUAUUCAGAAGGUAAAAUAACGGAACACGAGACGAUUACGAUAGCUCGACACUAUUCCUCGCACGAGAAAAAAGAAUUUUAUGCUCGGGAAUACGUAAGAAGACUGAUGCACACUGAACUUUUGCGAUCGUUGUGGAACGACCUCGAUCGAUUGGAAGAAGAUCUUCGCCAUUGGGACAGGGGAAGAACAGGAUUUUUACCACGCGACACAAUAUAUACCGUACUUUGUGGAUCCCGAAUACCAGCCGACGUGGAACUAAUACAUUCUACGCUCGAUCACAUUCGCAGCAACGAGGAGGGAAAAUUAGAUUACAAUGAUUUGCUGCGAUUCAUGAACGUGAAGGUCGAUCCUCUUCCUCCUGCAUCGCCUAUAAAUAUUAAGACAGCGCUGUGGUGGGCGUCCGAAGUGGAACCAGAUUGCGGAACCGGUAUAAAUUGGUGUGCUUUUGUCAAGGAUUUGGAUAUCAAAGACGAAGAAGAUCCCGACGAAAGACCUAAAGUCUUAGAUCCGAAAUGUGUCGCACUGAAUGCUUAA